AUAGAUUGUAACGUGUCAUACAAGUGGCAGGACUGCAACGUGUCAUAGAUUGUAACGUGUCAUACAAGUAGCAGGACUGCAACGUGUCAUACAUUGUAACGUGUCAUACAAGGGACAGGACUGUUACAGUGUCACACGCAGUGACGGGACUGUUACAUGUCACAUACACGGCGACAACAUUUAAACGUGUCACACAUCGAAGCGCGCGCCAUACCGUGACGAAGACGCUACCAUUUACUUAGUGUCAACCAGCGUAACUUCUCCCGCGCACCGUGAUCUGCUGCACAACCGCACGUCGCAUGCUCGCCGUCAUGUCCGAAACGGAACUCUACGUCGACUCGCCGUCCUACGACGAACUGUACGCCGUCCGAGAGAGCAAGUUCAAGGCCAGUCCGGCGUCGGCGGCGGCGACGGCGGCGGCCGCAGCCGGCAUCUACCUGUCGCGUGGGGAGACGGGCAUCGUGUCGCAGCAUGGCAUCGACCACAUACUCGGCAACCAGCUGAAGAUGGUGCAAAACGCAGCGGACAACCGCCGCAGCGAACUGCACUCCGACCCGAUGACGAGCGACGAUGACGAUAGAUCGAGCCUCAACCGCUCGCGCUGCUCCUCCUCGGAGCCGUUGCCGGAGCAACGCGACGCGCGCUCCGACUCUCCCGCCGCCUCCGCCUCAGCCUCCGCCGCCUCCGAUCAUCUCAACUCGGAGCCGAAGUCUCCCGUCGGCAAGGGCGGCGACGACGACUCCGCCGCGAAGCGGAAGAAGCGCCGGAACCGGACGACGUUCACGAGUUUUCAGCUGGAGGAGAUGGAGAGGAUCUUCCAGAAGACGCACUAUCCGGACGUCUACACUCGCGAGCAGCUGGCGCUGCGGGCAAACCUGACCGAGGCAAGAGUGCAGGUAAGAAGUACACACACACACACGAGUCACGUCGGCAUGUGCUAG